AACAUGUGAACAUCGAUGUAGAUUUCGGUCUGGGGUCUCCGACUCUGACGGACCAGUUACGUAAAUACGAUUUGGGGUAUCUUUGUCGCGUCGCGUCUCCAGGCGAUUGGACUUCCACUCACCAAACAUCAUCCGAAUGCACUCUCUUGACUUGCGAUAGCUUUGCGCUCCCAGCUUUAGUUUCAUCACUGCGCUCUUAACCAUUCACGUCGUAUCCUAUUACCAAAUUUGGCGCCUUUAGAGCAGAAUCGGAAAUAAGCGACGAAUCAGUUGCAAUGCCUCCCAAAUCUACCUCCACGGCCUCCAGCAGCCGGCGCGCUCCCGCCGGCGCCAAACGUGGCUCUACCUCAGCAGACCCCUCCUCCUCGAAGCGACGCCGCGAAACAACUGACACAAUCGAGCUCGCCUCCGUCCAAGACGACGAAGAUCUGGACAUGUUUCCUCACAGCGAAAUCAACAAUGACGUUACCAUGCUCGGCUCAGAUGAGGAAGAAGAUGAAGAAGAGCAACCGGAGACGGACACGAAUGGGCACCAGCGACGACGACAGAUGCAGCGUAACAACCGAAACGACUCGGAAGACGCUGAUGACUCAGACCGGUACCAGCCACAGCAAGAGUCAGAUGCUGAAGAGCAACAAGAGGAAGCAGAGGAGGACUCGGACGAAGAGGAACGGCCCACGGUCCCCUCGGAGCUGUUGACGAGGUUAUUGUACGAGUUCUUCGAGAGCGACAAGACCAAGAUAACGAAGGAUGCGAACGAGGCGGUGGCGCGCUAUGUGGAUAUCUUUGUGAGGGAGGCGAUCGCAAGGAGUGUGGUGGAGAGGGAGGGAGGGAAUGGGACCACUUCGGGAGGGGGAGGCUUCUUGGAGGUGGAGGAUUUGGAGAAGAUUGCGCCUCAGUUGUUGUUGGAUCUUUGAUUGUGCUGUUGAUGGGAGAGGUGAGGGAGGGUUUAUGCCUCCUACUCCGUGGGCACAUGGCAAGCUCAGCUCGACCGACAGUAUGACUAUGGUAUCGGCAUCUGACGGAG